AUUUGCUCCAAUAGAUGAUCAUUUUGCUAACAUGUUGUGCCCUUUAUAUUCAUGAUUAAAGAGAGGAGGACUUCAAAUGAACUUUGGACUAUAGGAGAUAGAUAGGAGGAGGAGGAGGAGGAGAUAAAGAAAAAAUCCAUUUCCAGUUUUAAUGGGACUCUGCAUAUCUUCUUCAGCUCACAAAAUUCAGGAUGGCCAUGAAGCUCCAAUGUCCUUUGAAAGGAGUGAGGAUUCUAAUGGAAUUCAGAUGCAUGGUUCCCUUUAUUCUUUGGAAGGAAGCAAAGGAGUAAACCAAGAUAGUGCCAUUCUUUACCAGGGCUAUGGAUUGGAAGCUGAAGCUUUCUGUGGAGUUUUCGAUGGACAUGGAAGAUUCGGGCACCAAGUGAGUCAGCUGGUGAGAAGCAACCUGCCAUCACUCUUACAAGGCCAGAUGAAAGCUCUUGAUCAACAAGCCACUGCAGUAGCAGAGGAUGAUGAUUCGAAAAAUCACAUUGACAGAAUAGAAAACGACUCAGAAGAUUCAGAACCAAGCAAGAAAUUUCACAAAUGGAAAGAAGCCUUUGUCAGCUCCUUCAAAGUCAUGGACAAGGAGAUUAAGCUUCAAGAAAAUCUGGACAGCUCUUGUAGUGGAACCACUGCUGUUGUUGUCAUAAAACAGGGUGAGGAUCUUUUUAUAGCUAAUCUGGGUGACUCAAGGGCAGUCCUAGGAACCACUAGAGAGAAUGGAAUUGAGGCCAUUCAAUUGACCACUGAUCUAAAGCCAGCUUUACCUAGUGAAGCAGAACGAAUAAGGGCGUGUGAUGGUCGAGUGGUUGCACUAAAGCAAGAACCUAACAUCCAGAGAGUGUGGUUGCCUCAUAUUGACCUCCCAGGCCUAGCCAUGUCCCGAGCUUUUGGAGACUUUAUACUCAAGGACCAUGGCAUCAUUGCCACCCCUGACGUCUCCUAUCGCCACCUGACUUCCAAAGAUCGAUUUGUCGUUCUUGCAACGGAUGGGGUUUGGGAUGUGCUCAGCAACAGUGAAGUUGCAUCCAUUGUGUGGGAAGCUGAUAGUGCACAAGCAGCAGCAAAGGUGGUGACGGAGACUGCGGUGGCCACAUGGAGAAGGAAGUUCCCUUCUGCUAAGAUAGAUGACUGCACUGUGGUUUGCUUGUUUUUGCAAGACAAACUACUUGAUCAUGUUGUGCCUGUAAAGAUAUGAGAUUUUGAGCAAUGCUUGUUGCUUUGUGAUCUUUUUAAUCUUCAUACAUUUUAACACGACACUAUACUUUUUCAAUUUCUGAUAAGCUACCCAUCCAAUUAUGUAUA